CCCAAUUCGUUGGGAGUCGGACGAGCGGAGCUACCACUCUCAGAGCCGAGGUAGGAAAAGAGCAAGCAUGCAAACUCUAUCAGUGGCUUUUCCGCCGAUGAGUGCGAGAGUAGUGACAGUGAGAGCUUCCGUGGAUACACAGCAAAGACUCUCAUACAACCGCAACGCCCCAAGAAAGAUACAGAAAAGCGAAAGCCCCGCCACCGCCAAACCCCCUCCAACCGUCACACUAACCACCACAACUACCCGAACGGCCGACUCCGUUGUUGACCUCCUCAAACGCACACCUCAAGGGGAAACAGUACAAAAGGAUGAGUUAUACUUGGGCUAUGAGCGAUGGUCGCCUACUCCAACAAAGGUACAGAAGCGUUUGCCUAGUCCACCAAAGGUACAGAAGCCUCGGUCUGUACUCAAUGCGGCAUCGCUAGCUUAUAUCGGUGAUUGCAUUUACGAGCUAUAUGCUCGCAGGCAUUUUUUGUUUCCUCCCCUGAAUAUUGAAGAAUAUAAUGAUCGUGUGAUGGCAGUUGUGCGUUGUGAAGCACAGGAUGCACUGCUCCGGAAACUUCUGAGUGAUGAUUUUUUAUCAGAAGAAGAAAGGAAUGUUCUCCGGUGGGGAAAGAAUAUCGGUUCAGCUAAAACACGAACAAAAAAGCGCGCUGGUUCAGCAGCUUAUAACAGAGCAUCUUCACUGGAAGCAUUGCUUGGUUAUCUCUACCUGACAAAUAUGGAACGUUUAGAAGAAGUCAUGAUAAAGUUGGGAUUCUCAACUGAUUCUUCCGUGCAGAUAAUUUCAGAGGAGCCUGAGGAGGUAAACGGCACGCAUCCUAGUGAAUGAAGACGCCACUGAAUCAGGUGUGCUGUUUGUACCGUAAGCAGAAGGCUGGCCGCCGUUUACUAAUUGUUUAGAUGUAGUAAUACCGUCAACUGAGAAAUGUUGUUUAGGAUACACGAGAACAGUCAUGCCCAUCAUAUGUUUUUGUAUUGACAGACAAUUUUGAGUAAAAUCCUGAGUGUGUUAAUAUUUGCA